AGUCCACCUAAAACCAGUGCAAUCUUCAUUCUUCAAGAGCAAGCCAGGCCAGCCAAACUCCGAAGCAUAGGCUACACAUAGCCUAAUCGAAAUCACUAGCUGCCUGUGUGGAUGAUGAAUUAAUCCGGAAACCAAAAGAUCCAUUAUGGCCAAGACAGGUGUGUGCUGCUCCAGGCUGGACGAGCCCAAGGCUCUGAUGAAGAUGGGUCUGAGCAUGGUGCUGCUGGGUCACGUCAACUUCCUGCUGGGGGCGCUGGUACACGGGGCCGUGCUCCGACACAUCAGCCUGCACAAGGCCAGCUCCCCCGCACACGCUGUCUCCAACGUGAUGGCCCUCACCGCUGGCCUCGUGGGAGUGGUUGUUGGGAUUCUGGCUGUUAUCCUGUCUAAAAACACCAAGAGCAGAAUGUUGACGUGGUCGUUGUUGACCGUCAGCCUUGCCGCUGGUCUCCUAGCUGCGGCCUCUGUCGUUGGCCUCACCGUCUCUGUCGCGACCACUGUACAUCAGGGUGGGCGGAGCUUGCUGACUCACUGCCGGUUCCCCGAUGCCAUUGGCUACUCCAGCAUCACCAACGAGUGCCCCUUCGACCCCACUCGCAUCCAUAGUACCACUCUGAUCCUCUGGGUUCCCCUCAUCGCCACCUGUGCGGUCCAGCUGGUGUUUGUGUCUCGGUGCCUGGCCGUGUGCAUCUCCUUCCUGGGACUGGCCCGCUGCCCUCGUGAGACCAGACCCCAAGCGGGCCCCGGAGCCUCUAAAACGAUCUUGGUGGAGCCUAUUGAGGCGUCCCCCCUCCCUCACACCUUUCCCCGGCAGCACCGUACUCGGCCGCCUCUUCCUCGCUUCCUGUCGGAGCGGCAGCCUCUUCGUCCCCAGCAGCCCCGGCCGGGCCCCAGGGAGGAGGCCAGGGAGGAGGCCAGGACGCCAGAGCAGCACGAGCUGCUGGACAGAGCAUCUCUCCAGAGGUCCAGCUUCUGGGUCUGAGGGAGGGGGGGGGGGGUCGACUCGUUCGGUUAAACCCACAACCCUGGGGGAAGCCGUACCUCAUACAAGCUGUGAACUGACCGUUUUUUUUGUUUUGUUUUUUGCUGUUGAUUGUACUCUUGCUGCCUUACUUUGUGACAGUUACUCACUGUGUCAUUACAUCUCAAAGCUGUUUGUUUACAUGCAGGACAGUUUUGUUUCUGAAGUGUGUGUGUGUGUGUAAUUCUGUGUUGUCAUGUGUGUGUGUAAUUCUGUGUUGGCUCAGCUGGUUCUGUCUGACUGGUUGAAACUGAACUAGCCCAGCUGUCUGAGGACCUGCUGUCUUAAGGGCCUGGCUACACAUGGUAGUGACUGCUGCGUGACUGUGACGCAGCAUGUCUUAGUGACGUUUGAAAAGAACACAGACAUGGCUGAAUUGUAUUUAUUGUUCCUAAAUAAAAGUUGGUAUCUCAACAGCCUGUCUGUAAGAAUCAGGGGGCUUCAGACUGUCACCUGAAAGCAUCACAGUUGAUCCUUACUUCCGAUAGUAAAGACCUGACGAGAUUUCACACAAACACACCCCAGGCUGUCGGUCUGUCCUUUAUAUCCAAAACUACAUCAAUCCGCAACAUCGCGGCACUUUCGAACAGCAAGUUGCUGAGAGGGAAAGAAUACGACAGACA